AUGCUCUCUAUACAAAAAGCAAAUUUCAGAGUUGAGAUGAAAAGGAAGCCUACAGCUGAAAGAGCACCCCUAUUUCAUCCCUAUUCGAGGCGGUUCCAUCUGGUACUGUUGCUGGCAUUCGGAUUUUUUUGUACUACGUUUAUGCGCAUGCAUCUUGCCAUAUCAAUGACGUGCAUGGUGAAUUCAACUGCGGUAGCAUUAAUCGAAGAAAUGCAAAAUCCAUACAUCAACAAUACAGCUGGCAGUAACCUAAUAGAGGAGGUAGAGCAGACAAACGCCUUCUCGUCGGAGCAGCAGUGUGAAAAGAGAGCAGAAGAUGGACAUACAGUAGUCGUAGACUAUGGGGGUACACUACCUUGGUCCCAUCAAAUGCAGAAUUUCAUCUUUUCUGGAACAUUUUGGGGCGCACUAUUUGUAGUGGGUCCAUCUACAUUGUUCUACCACCGAUGUUCUCCUCGUUUACUACUGCUAGCAGCUGUUGUAGUUUAUAUAUUGUCGACUGCUGUGACUCCUUUGUUGGCCGUUAAUUUUGGAGCUUAUACAGUGUUUGCAGCUCGUGUGAUCAUGGGAUUUGGGGAGGGUUUCGUUAUACCAUCAAUAAACGCGAUGAUAUCCAAUUGGUUUCCCGUAGAAGAGAAGGGUACUGUGCUAGCGUUGUACACAGCUGGAAAUCAGUUUGCAGGUGCUGUUGGAAAUCCGCUCGCAGCCGCACUUUGCGCCUCUUCUCUUGGUUGGCCAGCCGUCUUCUACUUUAUAGCCAGCUUGAGUACAGUUUGGUGCAUACUCUGGUCCUUUACUUCAUCCGAUAAUCCAAGAAAAUGUGGACGAAUGACAACGAAAGAACGAGCAUACCUGGCCGAAGCAGUAAAGCAUCGUUCUAAUCGAGCUAAUAAAGCUAGUACUGUCCCAUAUGCAAGUAUGUUUACGUCGUCAGCAUUCUUGGCACAGCUGCUAUGCUUUUUCAUCACCAACGUGACGGUCACAAUGCUUCACUUUUAUCUGCCUUCAUUUCUGAAAGAUGUCUUGCUUUUAGGGGUGAUUGCGAACGGUACUUUCUCAGCAAUUCCAAACGUCAUCAACCUUCUAUUCAAGAUUACCUGGAGCAUGCUACUGGAUAAGCUGAAGUCAAAGAAAAUAAUUACAAAUACCUUUUCAGUUCGCCUCUCUCAAAGUGUAGGCAGCAAGUUUUGGAAGUGCCUUGUUCUGCCUCGCAAUAGCGUUACUUGUGGAUUGUACGACACCCGUGCUUGCCCUUUUCUGCAUUUGUUGCAUGUACGGUUGCAUGGGUGGUUUCACUAGUGGUUUCUACACAUCGUUGCUAUCAAUCGCUCCACGCUACACGGGCACCAUGUCAGCAGUAUCAAUCUUUGCUGGGAUGCUUGGAAGGCUUACGACACCUGCCAUUGUUGGAAUCGUUAAGAAAACGGGCACUCUUUUUGAAUGGCGAGUAUUAUUCUCAUUAACCGCUGCAGUGAACGUUUUUGCUGGAAUAGUUUUCCUUUUGUUUGGAUCAGGAGAAAUUCAAAAAUGGGGGCAAGAUGAAGACCUAAGUAGAAAUACAACGAUGGACAAAGAUGAGAAUGUUGCGUUCGUUGUAGGCACGGAGUCCAUCGUAGUGGAAUAACAACAGUGAUCCAAUGACUCUUAUAUCUGUGAUACAUCUUGUCGUGUUGUUCUAGAUCCAAAUUAUGAUCUCUUGUUUGCUUUGACCGAUUAAUGUCACUGGUACUUCUUGCCUUUGAUGGAAUUCCUUGUUUUGUUGAAAAGUACUUUUGUAUUCGACAAUAGCAGUUGUACGAAAAUGCAAGGCUUGUUAGAAUAUGUCAUAACCCUC